AUGGCUAGAGCCGGGUGUACAAGAGGCCCGGGCGAUGAGGUUGCGGUUACUGGUUGCUGGCAGUUGCUGGCCGGAGAAAAGGAACGUCAGCUCUGGGUGCCCGGCCGCCUGUAUGAACGUCUUCAGCUUUCUACAGACUGCAAAGCUCUUGACGUAGAGGCUUCACGGAUUCAUUUACACCCAGGGGCCCGCAGCCAGCAACUUGGUGAAGACAGUGCUGCAAAGAAAUACCAUCUCUUUAAAGCACUAGAAGAGAAAGAUAUUCCUGCCGAGAAGUACUUUGUGGACAGGUGGCCCAUGAACAAACCACCUUCUAUGGAUAUGUUGUACAGCCCCACUCUCAGACUGGGCAGAAAACACAAAGUAUCACAUGAUGGAAAGCACACUGAGACAACUGUGGAAGAGGAACCUCUGCAGAACGUGAAACAAAGACAGGUCUCCAAAGGUCUCCAUCCUAAGAAGCACCUUAUAAAAUGGUGGAAGCAACAGGUUUCAGCAUCAGAGAGAAACCCUGGCCAGAAUGGCAAGAAGAAAAUGGCUCAGGAAGUUCAACCUGAGGUCACUGCCCAGAGAAAUAAUAGCUCCAAAGACAAAUCUUCCAGGAAAGGAGCAGAGGCCAAAACCAAUAGAAACUGGUCAGAUGUGUCUUUCAAAUCCAGUGAUAAUGAACAGGCUUUUCCUUUAUUCUCUACUUCUGUGCCCAUGAAGAGCCUUUCACCUACCAGUACAAGUACCAAACCAGCAUCAAUGAUGCAGUCCAAAAAGCAGAAAAUUAAAGAAACUCAGAAGACGCAUGUGCUGUACACAGAUGAAAAGAAUAGCCAAGCUGCCUCCAUGCUGCAGAAAUAUACCAAGAACAGUGAGAAACCAUCUGGGAAGAGGGUGACCAUUGGAGGAGUCAAAAAGCAGGAAAAGUGCAGUUCCAACUAUUAUCUGUCACCAGCCAACCAGGAUCAGAAAUCCUUCAAUCGUUUCCAACAAUUAUUGCCAGCUUCUGAGUCCUUACAAAGCCUGCCACAGUCAAGUUUGCAUGCAGACACUGUCCAGUCACAGCCAAUGCUGCCAGAAGGACGGCGACUUUUGGUCAAUAAGCAUGCUGGUGAGACCCUCCUGCAGAGGGCUGCCCAACUUGGCUAUCAGGAAUUGGUGUUGUACUGCUUGGAAAACAAGAUUUGUGAUGUGAAUCAUCAAGACAAUGCUGGCUACUCUGCUCUGCAUGAAGCUUCUGCAGGAGGAUGGCUCUGCAUUGUUCAACACCUUCUUAAAUAUGGUGCUGAUGUCAACUGUGGUGCCCAGGAUGGAACCAGGCCACUUCAUGAUGCAGUUGAGAAUGAUCACUUGGAAAUUGUCCGCUUGCUCCUCUCCUAUGGUGCCGACCCCACUUUGGCUACAUACUCAGGUAGAACCAUCAUGAAAAUGACUCACAGCAAGCUCAUGGAAAGGUUUCUGGCAGAUUAUUUAAAUGACCUUCAGGGUCACAAUGGUGAUGAGUUUAUUGCUCCUUGGGAGUUCUAUGGAAGUUCUGUAUGUGAUAAUAAAGCUGGGCAUAAUGUUUUGGCAAACCCUCCAGGACCUGAGGACCAGUAUGAUGAAGAUAAGGCUAACAGUGAUGUGUUUGAAUUUGAAUUUUCAGACAGCCCUCUCUUACCAUGUUAUAACAUCCAAGUGUCUGUUUAUCAGGGGGCACGAAACUGGUUUUUGCUUUCAGAUGUGCUUAAGAAAUUGAAAAUGUCAUCCUGCAUAUUUCGCUGCAAUUUUCCAAACUUAGAAAUCAUCACAAUUACAGAGGCAGAGUUUUACAGGCAGGUUUCAGCAAGUUUCUUAUACUCUUCCUCCAAAGACCUGGAAGCUUUCAAUCCUGAAAGCAAGGAACUACUAGUUUUGGUUGAAAUCACAAACGAACUUCAGACCCUGCUCGGCUCCUCCAUAGAGUGGUUAAAUCCUAGUGACAUGGUGUUGGAGAAGGACCACUGAUGAGCAGUCUAGUCCCACUGUGUACAAUGUGUUGUUGGGUCAAUGUUAUGCAUAUUUGUCAAAAUACAACUAUUUCUUUUUUUUUUCUAAAGGGACAUUAUUACUUAUGAAA